AUGGGACGGAAAAAGAAAAAGGACUCCGAGGACCCACAGGAGCCCCUGGACACCUCUCAGAACAUGGAGUCUGCCAUCAGCCACCUGUCCCCCUCUAAUAAGGAGACCAUGGUGGUCACUCUCCAUGGAGCUAUCAACCUACCCACCUGCAAGGAUGGCUCAGAGCCAUGGCCCUAUGUGAUAGUGAAAACCACAUCCGAGGACUCACAGAGCCAGAACUCCAAGGCAGUUACGUCUGUGACCUCGGAGCCCACCAGAGCCCCCAUCUGGGGGGACACGGUGAAAGUAGAGAUCGAAGCUGAGGACGCUGGGCGAGAAGAUGUGGUGCUCAAGGUGGUGGACAACAAAAAGAAAGAGGAGCUGCUGUCCUACCAAAUCCCCAUCAAGUACCUGCGUGUCUUCCACCCCUACCACUUUGAACUGGUGAAGCCCACCCCAUCUGGGAAAUCUGAUGAAGCCAUUUCCAAGACCCAACUGUUCGCAACAGUCGUUCGGAAGGGCAGCUUCAUCCCCCGCUACAUUGGCUGCAAGCACACAGCUCUGGAGGUCUUUCUCCGGGGAGUCAAUGAGCCCCUGGCCAACAACACUAGCCCCAUGGUGGUGAUUGCCCGAGUGGUUCCCAACUACAAGGAGUUUAAGUUCAGCCAGGUAAACCAGGACCCGGCAUCUCUGGGGCUGCCCAUCACCCACCUGUCCUUCCCUAUCUCAUCGGUGAUGAACUUCGACGUUCCUCGGGUCAACCAGAAUGGAUGUCCUCAGCUGACCAAGCCUGGGGGACCCCCAGAGCAGCCCCUGUGGAACCAGCCCUUCCUUUUCCAAGGCUGUGGCGGAGCCACCAGCUUCUCAGAAGACACAGCCCUGGUCCUGGAGUACUACUCUUCAUCAUCAAUGAAAGGCAGCGAGCCAUGGACCUUCAGCCAGCCCCUGGGUGUCUCCGUGUUGCCGCUCAAGAGUCGUUUGUACCGAAAAAUGCUGUCUGGGAAGGGCUCAAGUGGGCUGCGUGUGGAGCGGCUCCCCAUCACCGACACCAAUCUGAAAACCAUAGAUGGCGAGGCGCCCACAGUGGAUCUCUCCUUCCAGCUGCUUUCCUCUGAGAGACCAGAAAACUUCCUGACACCGAACAACAGCAAGACUCUGCCCAUCCUUGAUCCCAAGAUCCUGGCCGAGAAUCUGGGUACUAUCUGUGAGUCCUGGUCAAAGUCCCUGGGGAGCUCCACAGAAGCAGAUGAGCUCAAACCUGAAGAAUCUGAGAUGAGCAACUACCGGCGGGCCAUGCAGAAGAUGGCCGAGGACAUCCUCUCGCUGCGGAAGCAGGCCAGCAUCCUGGAGGUCGAGAACCGCAUACUGAGGAGUCACCUGUACCAGCAGGAGGCAGAAGAGGAGCAGGACAAAGCCAAAGAGGUCCAGGACCUGGUGUCCAUGAAGCAGAAACUGCUGCUGAGUGAGGUGGAUAUGAAGAAACUGAGGGACAAGGUGCAGCAUUUGCAGAAUGAGCUGAUUCGAAAGAAUGAUCGAGAGAAGGAGCUGCUCCUUCUGCAUCAGGCUCAGCAGCCACAGGCUGUGCUGCUGAAGAGGUACCGGGACAGGCUGCAGAAGAUGAAGGCCCUGGAGGAGACCGUGCGCCACCAAGAGAAGGUGAUUGAGAAGAUGGAGCGGGUCCUGGAGGACAAGCUGAGGGACAAGAAUGAGCCUGUCCUAAACAGGCCGCAGGAAAAGCCCACUGUGGCCUUUCCCCUACUCUCAGCCUCUGGCCUUCCACCAGGGCCUGGGAGAGAGAACUUUCCCGGUGACCUAUACUCAGUGCUGCUGGCGGAAAACUCAAGGCUACGGGCAGAGCUGGAUAAAACCCGCCACCAGUCGGUCCCCAUCAUUCUGCAGCAGCAGGCCCUUCCGGUGGACCCCUGGGAGUUGGGAGCAGGAGGAGACUUGGCAGAGAGGCUUCAAGAGACAGAUGGCCCAAGCCACUCCAAGUACACAGACUCCCUGCCCAGACAGGAUCUCCUUGCAAAUACUUCAGACAAGUUUAACCUCAUGGCCAAGCUGGAACAAGCUCAGAGCCGGAUCCUGUCCCUGGAAAGCCAGUUAGAGGACUCAGCUAGACGCUGGGGACAAGAGAAGCAGAACUUGGCCACACGGCUACAGGAGCAAGAGUAUGGCUUCAGGCACUCAUCAAAACCUAUCCUCAUAGACCUACCCGUGAGUGACGCCUCCAGAGGAACUCCUGGGGAGUAG